AUAAACAGCUAUGCAACAACAAGUACAUCGUGCCGUUUCAUAAGUGUACAAGUCAAGUCAUACAAAGUCAAUGCCUUUUUCUCAAUAUUUUAUGCAUAUCAGCAAGUGCCGCGACAUCGAAGUCGACCAAGCUGUGGAAGCAGUGGAGGAGGUCUCCUUUGACGAGCUCUAAGGGGCUACUUCUAUAUUAUUAUCUGCAGGAAGAGAAAAGGGCAGGGAACGGGUAGCUAGAGGAUGACUAGAGCUGUGGAGAGAGCCGUACGGUGCUUGGGAAAGGGCUUCGAUGUCACCUGCGACUUCCGGCCGGAGUACUGCCGGGGAAAGGAGGAGAGGCUUGUGGUGUUAAACGAGGAGACGAGGGAGCUGGCGGUGCCGGGGUUUGGCUCGUGCCAGGACGUGCCGGCUGAUAUAAAUUGCGAUAAGGGCGAUCGCAUCCGAUUCCAGUCCGAUGUGCUCGAGUUUACUCAGAUGGCGGAGCUGUUCAACCACCGGAGUUCCAUGGCCGGCAAAAUCCCCUGCGGCUUCUUCAACUACGCGUUCGGGUUCGAAGGGAGCGGAUGGGCGCAGGACGCGUCGAGCACUAAGCUCCUCGCCAUGGACGGCUGCUUCAUCACCCUCUUCGACCUCCGGAUCGAACGCCAACCUCUCACUCUGACUAAACGGGUCAUCGACGCCGUCCCUUCCACUUGGGACCCCACUGCAAUCGCAAGAUUCAUUGAAGACUUCGGCACGCAUGUAAUUACAGGGCUAAGUGUGGGAGGACAGGAUGUGAUCUAUGUGAAGCAGGAUCAGUCCUCCAAUCUCUCUCCCUCUGAGCUUAAGCAGCACCUUGAUAAUCUUGGGGAUCAGCUAUUCACUGGAACAUGUGUUCUUCCACCGCUCCAUUCGAAACCUAAAGAACAUAAGAUCAAGGUGCCCGAGGCUUUCAAUGUGUUUGAUCAGCAGAACGAAUUCCUCAAGGGUGUCCCUCCAGUUUUCAGCAAAGAUGGUGUGACAGUAACGUGCUUCAAGAGAGGAGGAGAUGCUUCAGCAAGCAGCCAUUACGAGUGGCUCCCCACUGUGACUUCGAUGCCCGAUGUCAUCAACUUGACCUUCGUUCCGAUCACCUCCCUGCUCAAGGGGGUCUCUGGCAUCGGCUUCCUGUCUCAUGCCAUCAACCUCUACCUUCGAUAUAAACCUCCUCUAUCAGAUUUGCGUUACUUUUUAGACUUCCAGUGCAAUAAGCUUUGGGCUCCCAUGCACAAUGAUCUACCUCUUGGCCCGAUGUCGAACAUGUCCAUUGCUACUCCUUCUCUGACUUUCAACCUGAUGGGACCUAAGCUCUAUGUCAACACCACAAAGGUCGUCGUCGGAAAACUAGUGCCGGUGACCGGAAUGAGGCUGCACCUUGAAGGCAAGAAAAAUGAUAGGCUGGCCAUCCACCUGGAGCACCUGUUACAGACUCCUACGUUCAUCGGAGCGCAGCCCGGUUCAGCAACCUUCUGGCGGUCAUCCGAUAUGAUUACCGGCGACGAAGGAUACUUGGAGCAGGUGCAAAGUAAGAAGUUCACGCGAGUGAGCACGAUCCCGGUCAAGUACGACCCCCUGUGGCCGACCAAAGGCGGCGGGACCGCUUUCAUCGUCACCGGAGCUCAGCUGCACGUGAUAGCUAAGGAGCAGUAUAACGUGCUGCACCUCGGGCUGCUAUACACCGAGGUGCGCGGUUGCAUCGUGUGCCGGUCGCAGUGGCGGCGAGGCCCAUCGGGGCUUUCUCAGAAGUCGAACUUCUUCUCGGCGAUGAGCGCCUCCCUCUCCGGCGGCAUCGAGAAGGAAAAACAGCAGCAUCAGGAACGAGAAGUGGUGGUAGACUCUGCCAUUUUCCCCAAGGGCCCGCCGGUGCCGGUGGCUGCCCAAAAGCUGCUGAAAUUUGUGGACACUGCUCAGCUAUGCCAGGGGCCGCAACACAGCCCCGGCCAUUGGCUGGUCACCGGCGCAAAGUUGGACGUUGAGAAGGGGAAGAUCAGGCUACAUGUUAAGUUCUCGCUUCUCACUUCGGUUUGGUGAAGGUCGAUCGGGACGACCAAACUUGUGGUUUCUUGCUUCAAUUUUCUGAAAUUGUACAGAAGAUUCCUUCAUCAGUUCUGUCAGCCUAAAAUCAAACAAUCUUGCACUAUAAUAAUCCUUGUUAAGAAGUUGUUGAGUUUCAUAUCA